AUGUCGGAACGCUACAUCCCCGAGCAUCGCCGCACCCAGUUCAAGGCCCGGAACCAGUUCAAGCCUGAUGAACUCCGUCGUCGUCGUGAAGAGCAGCAGGUCGAGAUCAGAAAGCAGAAGCGUGAGGAGAAUUUGGCCAAGAGGAGAGGUAUCCAGACCCGCGAUGGCGGCAUUGGCGUUGGCGGCGGCGUAGCGGGCGAGAGCGACGAUGAGGCCACCGCUAUCGAGAGCGAGCUUAAUGUGGAGCUUCCCGAGAUGGUCAAGGGUGUCUUCUCCGACCAGAUCGACCAGCAGAUCCAGGCCACCACCAAGUUCAGAAAACUCCUCUCCAAGGAGCGCAACCCCCCUAUCGAGCGUGUCAUCGAGACCGGCGUUGUCAGCCGCUUCGUGGAAUUCCUCCGAUCCCCUCACACCCUCGUCCAGUUCGAAGCCGCUUGGGCUUUGACCAACAUUGCCUCCGGAUCCGCCCAACAGACCCAGGUUGUGAUCGAGGCCGGUGCCGUGCCCAUCUUCGUCGAGCUCCUGAGCAGCCCCGAACCCGAUGUUCGUGAGCAGGCUGUCUGGGCUCUGGGUAACAUUGCUGGUGACAGCCCUCAAUGCCGUGACUUCGUCCUCAACGCCGGUGCCCUCCGCCCUCUGCUGAACCUCAUCAACGAUGGCCGGAAGCUGAGCAUGCUGCGCAACGCUACCUGGACCCUGAGCAACUUCUGCCGUGGCAAGACCCCCCAGCCCGACUGGAACACCAUUGCUCCCGCUCUUCCCGUUCUUGCCAAGCUGAUCUACAUGCUUGAUGACGAGGUCCUGAUCGAUGCCUGCUGGGCGAUCUCCUACCUGUCCGAUGGCGCCAACGACAAGAUCCAGGCUGUCAUCGAGGCCGGCAUCCCUCGCCGUCUGGUCGAGCUCCUCAUGCACGCUUCCACCUCCGUCCAGACCCCCGCUCUUCGGUCGGUUGGCAACAUCGUGACCGGUGACGACGUCCAGACCCAGGUUAUCAUCAACUGCGGCUCCCUGCCCGCUCUCCUCGCUCUGCUGAGCUCCACCAAGGACGGUAUCCGCAAGGAGGCCUGCUGGACGAUCUCCAACGUCACCGCCGGCAACUCCAGCCAGAUCCAGGCUGUUGUCGAUGCUGGCAUCAUCCCUCCGCUGAUCAACCUUCUUGCCAACGGUGACUUCAAGACGCGCAAGGAGGCCUGCUGGGCCAUCUCCAACGCCACCUCCGGUGGUCUGCAGAAGCCCGACCAGAUCCGCUACCUCGUGUCUCAGGGCUGCAUCAAGCCCCUGUGCGACCUCCUCGCCUGCCCUGACAACAAGAUCAUCCAGGUCGCUCUGGACGGUCUGGAGAACAUCCUCAAGGUCGGUGACAUGGACAAGGAAGCUGCUCAGUCCGGUGAGGCUCGUGUCAACCGCUAUGCUCUGUUCAUCGAGGAGGCCGGUGGCAUGGAGAAGAUCCACGACUGCCAGAACAACGCCAACGAGGAGAUUUACAUGAAGGCGUACAACAUCAUCGAGAAGUACUUCUCCGAUGAGGACGAGGCCGGCGACAUUGACGAGGUUGCUCCCCAGCAAACACAGACCGGAUUCGCUCUGGGCACCACGCAACAGCAGCCCGGUGGAUUCAACUUCGCCAACGGCGGUGAUUCCAUGGAUAUGUAA